AUCUAUCCAGUCCAAACGACCCCAUGAGUUGCUCUCCACCGGGAUGUGUUUUAAUACACGUUAAUGGACCACUGAAUUUGGGACCACCGUGAAUCCCCUUGACGGCUCCUUGAUGUAUUUGUCGUGCGCCAUUCCAAUGAAUGCUGAGCCAAGAGCAGCGCUGCGUAAAGGCAAACAGCUUGUGUGGACACCAGUCGACAAUCGGCGGCGUUUGUAAGCGCGAAAGAACAGGUGUAAUAGUGAACGAGUUCCCGGAACGUUAUUUGGAAGGAAAUGUUGCUUUUGUGAGACAUAAAAGUGUAAAGAAAAGUUGGGAGAAAGAGAAAACUGUGUGCGCUCCAUGUGAAUGCGCGCUUUCUGCGCAUACAUCGCCUUUAUUAUUCCAUCUGGUGAGAAAUUAGAAUAAAUUAGAAAAAGAAGAAUCAGUCAAAGGCGUAUGGGAAUCUUUCUGCAACUACCCUUGGCUGAAAAUAACUUGUUGAAUGAGCAGCUUGUCCCAGGAGCGCAUUUAAAUGAUGCUGCCUGUGGCAAAAACCACAAUAGACAAGAGAUCAAACUAAGACAUCUGACAGCCACUGACUUAUGAGGAGUGCCAAUCCUCUCUGUACAUCACAUCUGUCUCUUUCAUCAACGCUCAACGGUUGUGAAGAAGCUCAAUUGUUGACACACCUCAUCAGCCAGGCAGACGUGGCAGCAAUCGAAGACGUAAUAACUGAAUGGGGGCUAAUCGUUGCCUGACGCUGCUCACACAAAAGUACCAACAUGCUGCCAAUUGCUCCAUUGCACCGUUCAAACUGCAUUUAAUUUAGAAAAUUCUCGGCAAUAUUGACAUUUCUGUGAUGAAUCAACAGCUUUAAGAGUUCCACAGCAACCAUACAGAACGAGAUUAGCGAUGCUUUGGCCUGUAUUGUUCACUCUGCAAGUUGUGUGCACCACCAUGGUACAUGCCAUGCAACAUUACCCGGCGGCCUGGGGACACUAUGACGUGUGCAAGUCCCAGAUCUAUACGGAGGAGGGCCUGGCUUGGGACUACAUGGCCUGUCAGCCUGAAGCCACCGACAUGACAAAGUACCUGCGAGUGGCCCUCGACCCCCCAAAUAUCACGUGUGGAGAUCCGCCAGAAACAUACUGCGCUUUGGAGAAUCCUUACAUGUGCAACAAUGAAUGUGAUGCCACCACGGAGGAGCUGGCUCAUCCUCCAGAGUUGAUGUUUGACUUUGAGGGUCGCAACCCCACAACCUUUUGGCAGUCCACCUCAUGGAAGAAAUACCCAAAGCCCCUCCAGGUUAACAUCACACUGUCAUGGAACAAAACCAUCGAGCUGACUGAUGACAUUGUACUCACCUUUGAGUCAGGACGACCGGAGCAGAUGGUCCUGGAGAAGUCACUCGAUUACGGCCGGACCUGGACCCCAUACCAGUUCUAUGCCACCGAUUGCCUGGAUGCCUUCACCAUGGAACCCAAGACAGUCAGCGACCUCACCCAGCGCACCCUGCUGGACAUCAUCUGUACUGAGGACUACUCUCGAGGCUAUGUGUGGAAGAACGACAAGACAGUACGUUUUGAGAUAAAGGACCGCUUUGCCCUCUUUGCCGGUCCUCGGCUACACAACAUGGCUUCACUGUAUGGCCAGCUGGAUACCACCAAGAACCUGAGAGACUUCUUCACCAUCACUGAUCUGAGGAUUAGGCUGCUGAAACCAGCCACUGGAGCCACCAUGGUGGAUGAAAAUAACCUGUCCAGAUACUUCUACGCCAUCUCUGACAUCAAGGUGCAGGGCAGGUGCAAGUGCAACCUGCAUGCCAACAGCUGUGUGUUUGACAAGGGGAAGCUGGGCUGUGAGUGUGAACACAACACCACAGGGCCAGACUGCAGCCGCUGUAAGAGGCACUACCACGGAAGAGCCUGGAGUGUGGGCUCCUACCUCCCUAUACCCAAAGGAACGGCAAAUAUAUGUAUUCCCAGUAAUCAUGGACCAGUGCAUCGAGCAAAUGCUUCAUCUCUUGGUGUUGCAAAUCGUAACCAAGCUCGGGUGUGUGACAACGCUAUGCUGCGCUGUCAGAACGGUGGCACGUGCCACCACCAUCAGCGAUGCCAUUGUUCCCCCGGCUUCACGGGCGUCCUGUGCGAGAGAGCUCACUGCCAGGGCCCCGGGGAGUGUGAUGACCAGUUAUCUGGACAGGCCUCCUUCCAUCAUCCCCCCAUCAGCCGCCAGCUCACUCUUACCCUCGUAGUGCUCCCACUAUUGAUUGUUUCCCUUUGCUGAGAGACCUGAAUGGCCUCCCAUCCUCAACCAAAACCCUAAGACCACAUAUGUUGAGACUUAACUGUCAACUUUAAGGACAUGAAGGACAAAGGAUAGCCAAUGUGCUCAGCAUACAAUAUAAGCAACUCUUUUGUAUAUCCAAGGCCACAGUUGUGGGCGACAGUGUUACAAGUGCAACAGGUUGUGCACUGAUCUGCUAUCAGUGAAUGCUAGACGGAUUUAUGAAAGGCUUGGUGAAGUCACUGCUGUCUUAUAAUGUCACAGAGGAAGCAGUUGGAGCCCUCACUGUGUGAUUGUCAUUGGCUGAUACUUCAUUAAAGGCAGACUGGAGACACGGAUAGAGCUACCCACAUUCUGAGAGCAAACUGUACAAAACUAGACACACGAUUUCUAAGUAUCAUCUGAAGUUAUUAAAAAAUAAUGUGGACGGGGACAUCUUAAAAUAUCUUGCCUCACUGCCUCCUUCCUUACUUUUCACCCUCUUCUUCCCUUCUUUCCCUUACUCUUCCCUUUGCCCCCACUUUGUCCUCCCUGUGCUUUGGUGACUCUGGUGAUUUUACUUUGCUGAAGGAUGUCUGUUGUUUUGCCAAAUGCUGCACAUGUAUUAUUAUCAAGCCCCUUGACUAGUACCAAUCUAGUACUUUUUUAUUUUCUUUUUCAGAGGCUUUGUAGUCAUGCUUGAGCUCACCUGUAUGGGAAAAAAAAAGUUGUAACAUACUGUAACUGUAUUUAAUUUUUGUAUAAAACAGAUAUUUUCAUGACUACGCAAAACAAAAAGAUGUAUUACUUGUUUUCUAUUGCUGCCGACCUGUCCUAGAUGUGGACUAUGAGAGCAUAAGGCGUUUGGUUGUAUUCUUUCUUUGCUUGUGUGGCACAUGGUUCUCUUCAUUUGGGACCUGCUGUCAAAACUAUGUUUACAUACACACUUACACAAUACACUUCC